GACGAUACGUACGUACUUGUCGACGAUCUCAUGCAGGAUCUGGCUGCUUUUGAUUCUGAUGAGCCAUAUCUCGCUGUCAUCGGACCAAACGACUUUGAAGAGGUGUAUGAGAAGGACAUAGUUACCGUUACAUACGAUGAGAACAAAAUUGAUAUUCAUGAUAGCAAUAUGACAGUGCAAAGCUGUUCGGAACGACUGCAUUCUAUGAUUGUUGUAUCGAGAGGAGCAAUGACAGCUUUAUGGGACAGCAUCCACUCUGGGCGAAAUGGGUGUGGAGUGGCAAGCUCCCCACAUUUGUGUUUGGACGACAUCGUCAUCUUGAAUCUCAAAGAAGACGCUCAUGAGAGAUCCAGACACAAUGGACGCUACAACGAUGGUUCACAGGUUUGUGCGUUCACAAAGAGACCUCAAGAAGCCAUUCGCGCUGAAGUGUGCGAAUAA